CGCCAACUCAAAAGAGAAAUAUAGAUGCAAGUCAAGAAAGUAGAAAUGACAACAAAGAUGAAAAUCAAGGAGGUAGAGUUAAUUGGUCGAAAGAAUUACUUUACAUACUCUGUGACCUUUGUAUUCAAUAUGUUGAAAAAGUAAGGGAAAAAAAGGUGGAGUUACCUCUCAAAGGUUGAUAUGAAAAAAGAUUGAAUUAGAGUUCAACAACCAAAGUAAGUUGGCAUGGGAUAAAAAUAAACUCAAAAAUAAGGUGUAUUGGAUGAUAAAUAGAUGGAGCUUAUGGAAACAAUUGAAAGAAAAAGAGACGGGACUAGGAUGGGAUCAUGUGAAAGCGACUAUAAGUGCUAACGAUGAAUGGUGGGCUAUGAAAGUUAAGGAAAAUUCCAAAUUUGAUUCAUUUCGAGAUGAAGGGAUUGAGCCCGAGCUUGAAAAUAGAAUGGAUCAAAUCUUUGGAUCUUAUGCCCAAGGAAAGUACAAGUUUAGUUCGGUAGCCGAUUCUCUACAUGAACAAGAAGUAUAUGUUCCUUCUCCACUUCAUAGGAAUGAUGAGCAUGUUUCUCUUGAUGACAUGAAUCUUAAUAAUGGUGAUGACAAUUACUAUGGGGGAGCAUCAUGGGAUGAUGUAUGGAGAGAGUCUAGUCCUACCCCUACUCCUACAUUUACUAAUAUCACUCAAGUGACACAUGUUGAUAGGGAUGACAUAAGAAGAGGUAAGAGGACUUUUGAGGGUGAUUUAUCACAAAGUAAUAGGAGUGCAAAGACUUCUACUAAAAAAGAAGAGGCUGCCACAAUCCAACAAAUGCUUGGUGACUUGAUGCAACAAAUUAAUGAGAGGAAUACUUCAACACAAGAAAUGAAUGCUUCAAUGAUGAACAUGAUGAAUAGAAACAUGAAUGUGAUAAAUUCAAUGAAUGCUAGUACAACAAAGUAUGGUGUUGAAGAUGCUUUGGCAAAAGUGUGUAGUUUGCCCGGUUUGGAGCCCAUGCCCCCGAGUUCUUCUUUGCUUGCACGAUGA